AUGACUCAGCUGAUCGAACUUGUUACAGACGUGAAGGCCAGCACCUGUGUCGACCCAAACGUGACGGUAAGCCAGCUGGUAUUGUGGUUUAAUCAAAGCACCACCUGCCAUGGACCCCCUCACGUGGCCAGGAACCGUGGCAACGGCUUCAGCGUCUUGUGGGCCAUCGCCACCACCAUCCUCACCGCCAGCCUAGGGUUUGCCAGUGUCGAAUACUUCAUUUCCUUCUUUCAUCGGGAUGUGAGGUCUCAGACCACCGCCAUGGCAGCACAAAUAGGCGGGCUACAGCUACCGACGGUGGUGAUCUGUAACAGGGCUUACUUCUCCAGGGCCAAGCUCGAGGCCUACGAAAUCAACCGGAACACAACCAGUUACUUGAUGUUGGUUGCUGGGACGCCCAGCCUGGCUCGUCUAGGACUUCUGGACACCCCUGAAGGACGCCAGAUGUUAGCUGACGCCCACCAGGACCUCCAGAGAAUCCUAAGGCACAAUAACAUGACCAUGAGCGAGCUGAUUACCGCCGUAUCCUACACGUGGGACACAACCAGUUACUUGAUGUUGGUUGCUGGGACGCCCAGCCUGGCUCGUCUAGGACUUCUGGACACCCCUGAAGGACGCCAGAUGUUAGCUGACGCCCACCAGGACCUCCAGAGAAUCCUAAGGCACAAUAACAUGACCAUGAGCGAGCUGAUUACCGCCGUAUCCUACACGUGUGAGGAUCUGGUCCAUAAGUGUGGUCAGGGGGCGAUGGAAGAGGACCAAGAGAAGUGCUGCAGGAAAUUCACACCCGUGUCCACCAACAGCGGCCUCUGCUUCAGUCGGGUCGCCGGAGCCUCUGACAGACAGGCCAUCGUAGGCGAGUACAUGGGACUGGUUUUCUAUAUGAAGCUCCGCAAAGACGACAUACCUGUUGUGACGCCCAGCAUUUUGCAAGUUUCUCGUCUGGUGAAGUCCGGCAUACAGGUCACUGUCACCAGCAACCUGACCUACCUGGGCAUGGUAGUGACCGGUCAGGGCACCAUCCUCACCCCGGGCUCUCUCACCUCCAUCCAGAUCUCUCUCACCAAGAUCAACUCGCAAGGAUUGAAGACACUUCUGGAUAUAAAGGAGCCCGAGUGUGUGCCUUCCUACCACCUCGACUACCACAAGGACAGAUCUUCCUUCCUUGCCACCACCAUCAACUGCUUCGACGGCGCCCUCACUAGAUGCUUCAGGAGGGUGUGUGGCUGCAGGUUUUAUAGCGAGGACCAAGGGGAAGGAUUAAUGGAGAAGAUGUGUACCCCACAAGAGGUGAUUAAGUGCUACAAUCAACUCAUAGCUCAGGUGGGGAAGCUCUCUCAGGUACCGACCUUCAGUAACCUGGACGUGAGCGAUGACCAAGAUAAGUUGACCAAGGCUAAUCGGUGUUUGUCUGCAGGCGAGUUUUCGUAUCGUAAGUGUAAGCCCGUGUGUGACGAGCUAUCAUACAGUUACACCGCCUCGACUAACCCUAUCCGUGCUACCCUUCUGGACGAGCUGAAUAACAACUUCUUGGUGGAUAAUGAGAGCACAUUGUCGGCCGUGACUGUGUACUACCCUCACCUGGCCUACACCUGCGUUAAGUUCUGGCGAGAGGACAUCGGUCAGCUCAUUGGUGACCUCGGAGGCUACAUGGGACUAUUCCUGGGCUGUAGCAUCAUUAGCGUCCUGGAGUUCGUCACUUUCCUGGUGGCAUUGGUGUGCCUCAUGUGCUGGCGGCUGUACCUACGCUUUAUCAUCAGUAAAGAGUUUUGGUGCCGUGAUUAUGGGUCAAAAGUGAAGGAUUAA